CCCUCCGGCCAAACAUCACAAACAAUAGGCCGCGCCCGCCUCUCGCUAAAGCUGGCAGGCCGUCACCUCACCGGUUCAUCAUCUGUUGCUUGAAGAUCGCAUCUGUCAAACCUCUAGUGAAUUUCACAUCCCCAUUCCAUCUGUGUUGUCUUCUUGUCUUCUUCUUUCCCCACACCUCUUUUCUCUUCUCCUAUCGACUCCUUUCAAUCACCGUGCUCUGUCUUGUAAUCUUCCUAUCUGUACCCUAUCUUCCAGCAUGACUUCUGAGCGUGAGAACAAGACAUUCCUCGCCCGCCUUUGCGAGCAGGCUGAGCGCUACGAUGAGAUGGUCACGUACAUGAAGGAAGUCGCCAACAUUGGAGGCGAGCUUACCGUCGAUGAGCGUAACCUUCUCUCCGUUGCCUACAAGAACGUGGUCGGUACCCGCCGUGCUUCCUGGCGUAUCAUCUCCUCCAUUGAACAGAAGGAGGAGUCCAAGGGUUCUGAGCAACACGUCUCGAUCAUUCGUGAUUACCGACAGAAGAUUGAAACCGAGCUGGAGAAGGUCUGCCAGGAUGUUCUUGACGUUCUCGACCAGUCCCUCAUCCCCAAGGCCGAGACCGGCGAGUCUAAGGUUUUCUACUACAAGAUGAAGGGCGACUACCACCGUUAUCUUGCUGAAUUUGCUUCUGGCAACAAGCGCAAGGUUGCUGCUACUGCUGCCCACGAGGCCUACAAGAACGCCACCGACGUUGCCCAGACUGAUCUCACUCCUACCCACCCCAUCCGCUUGGGUCUUGCCUUGAACUUCUCCGUGUUCUACUACGAGAUCCUGAACUCGCCCGAUCGUGCCUGCCACCUUGCCAAGCAGGCUUUCGAUGAUGCCAUCGCCGAGCUCGACUCGCUCUCGGAGGAAAGUUACCGCGACAGCACCCUUAUCAUGCAGCUUCUACGUGACAACCUUACCCUUUGGACCUCUUCCGAUGGCCAGGAGGCCGAGGGUGCUGCUUCCAAGGAAGACAAGCCUGAAGAGGAGUCUGUCCCUGCUCCCGAGGAUAAGGGUGAGGAAUCCAAGCCUGUCGCCCCUGAGUCCUAAAGCGACAAAUUGGACGUUUUCUUUUGUAUCAAAAACAGCGUUGUGCGCUCGGCGCCUAUUUGAAGAGGGUUCGGAUUCUCCCUGGAAGUGUUUACGAUGGUCUGUUUUAGCUGCGUGACUGGUUUGGACCGGCACGUAUCUUCCACUUGUUCGGGAUCGUGUGGGUCGGCCGGCGGAGUUUGAUAUUUGGAGAGCGAAGAAAAGGGGCUGAGCGGAAUUUAUCUCUCUUUUACUAUUUCUAUUCCCACCCCCAGAGCAGGAUACAAUGUGCUAUUCCACCCGCCCCUUUCUUUUUUCUUUUCUCCCCCUUAUUUUCUGUGCUUGCUUGCCCGCGUUAUCUCUCUAUUGCUUUCUCGUACAUCAUCCCAUAAGCCCCGCGAAUAUUUGAAUUUAAACUUAGUAGUCGUUCUACUCAGGGGCGUGCGGCUGUAAUAGGGUCGGCGCCCUGAAGGAUGAAACAUACCCCGUCUUUUUAAUUCGAUGUUACCACUUUUAGAAAUACCAUGCACACUCGUGGUUCAAUGAUCGCUUUCAUCGCACAGUU